AUGACAAAAAAAAGUCGAAAAACACAGGAGAGAACAGAAGAUUCUGUGUGCCCCCUAUUUUUACCUUUUUUUAAGUGCAUCAUUUGCUGGGUGUUACAGGUGACAGCUCCCAAGUAUUGUAUGUAAAAAAUAUAUAUAUAUAUACACGCACAAAUGAUUCGAUGGAUUGCCCAAAAAAGUCGGAGCAAAGGAGGGAGGCUUAGUCCUUUCUAUUUGUAACAGAUCCAAGCCAAAUAUAUCUCGAACUCCCCCACAAUUCUUCUACAUUUUUCUCUCUCAUUGAAGAAAAAGAACUCUGCAUUUUCUCCCCUUUGUUUCUUAUUUUAUUUUAUUUUUUUCCAAUCUUUUUAGCACAUCUUCAAGAUAAGAACAUGCAAUUGUGAUUUUAUCAUUCAUUAGAGGAGAACAUAUAUACAUAUAGAUAUAAUAUAUAGGUGGUGGAGGGCAGUGGUGGCAGGGGGUGGUGGUGGGGAUUGAGAGUAGAGGUUGAGAGAUUUAAUGGAAGGGUUGGAUGGUAUAAUAGAGAGGCUGUUGGAAGCGAGGAAGACCAGAGGGAAGAAGAUUCAGUUGUCGGAGGCGGAGAUCCGACAGCUUUGUACUACGGCUAAGGAGGUUUUCCUUAGCCAACCUAACCUUCUUGAGUUGGAAGCUCCCAUUAACGUCUGUGGAGACAUACACGGGCAAUACCCAGACCUCCUCCGGCUCUUCGAAUACGGGGGUUUCCCGCCAGACUCGAACUACCUCUUCCUAGGCGACUACGUCGACAGAGGCAAACAAAGCAUCGAGACAAUCUGCCUCCUCCUCUCUUACAAAAUCAAAUUUCCCGAUAACUUCUUCCUUCUCCGAGGCAACCACGAAUGCGCCUCCAUCAACCGCAUCUACGGCUUCUACGACGAGUGCAAGCGCCGCUUCAGCGUCCGCAUCUGGCGUAUCUUCACCGACUGUUUCAAUUCUUUGCCUGUUGCCGCCGUCAUCGACGAUAAGAUUCUAUGUAUGCACGGCGGCCUUUCGCCGGAGAUAGAUAGUUUGGAUCAGAUACGGGCGAUAGAGAGGCCGGUCGAUGUGCCGGACCAGGGUUUGUUGUGUGAUUUGCUGUGGGCCGAUCCGGAUAGGGAUAUAAAGGGCUGGGGGGAGAAUGAUAGGGGGGUUUCGUAUACGUUUGGAGCGGAUAAGGUUGUUGAGUUUUUGAAGAAGCAUGAUCUUGAUCUCAUUUGCCGCGCUCACCAGGUGGUGGAAGAUGGAUAUGAAUUCUUUGCAGACAGGCAGCUAGUUACCAUAUUCUCUGCACCAAACUACUGUGGAGAAUUCAACAAUGCAGGUGCCCUCAUGAAUGUUGAUGCAAGUUUGCUCUGCUCCUUCCAGAUUCUCAAGCCAUGGAGAGGAAAGCUUGGUUUUUUGGAAUAAUUUCCAUUCCAAAUUAAUGACGUGCGACGCUAGAUUCUCUAUCUCCAAACAGCUGUAUUACUUGCAUAUAAUUUUUUAACAAAAUUAAUCACAGAAGAUACAGAAAAAGUAGGACCCACAUGUGGACCGCAUAGGUGGAAACCACUCUGUGUCUCUUUUAAAAAAAAAUCUAUUUGCCCAUAAAAUUUAGUCAGAAUCAUACCCAAAAAAGGGACACGUGCUAUAAAUUCAAUUCUUGUAUUGUAGGUUUUACACUUGAAAUGAACGUCAAAUACACAA